AUUCGGUUGCACACCAUGCCCUUGACUUCCUACAGGAGGUGAUAGCUAACAAGGCAGGCAGACGGGAGGUCACUUAAAUUUCUCAGUUUAAGUGGAAAUUUGUCGCCAUGGGGCUGGUACCAGACGAGGCGAAGUCUCUCCCUCCUCCGGGGAUCGUCAACAGGAGCUCGGUGUGGCUGGCCGGUAUAGGCUGGUGCUCCGCGAUGCUUCAUAACGCCAUCAACCACAGGCCGCCGCUAAAAUCAGGUGUCCACCGACAAGUCCUGUUGGCAACAAUCGGUUGGUUCAUCGGCUACCACCUAACUAAAUAUGAAAAUUACACUUAUGCCAGACUGGAUCGUGAUAUGAACGAGUAUAUCAGACUCCACCCAGAGGAGUUUGCACAAAAGGAGAAAAAGACCUUUGCAGAGAUUGUUGAGCCUUUCCAUCCUGUGCGCUAAGUGUCUGCGGCUGGUGAGAUGGAAGAGGGAGGGGGAGAGAAAACACCUACAGACUACCAUCUGUCCUGAGUGGGCUUUUUGUGAAAUCUUUAUUGUGUUAAAUAUAAUUAUGUAAAUAAAAAAAUACCCAAAGUCAAAA